CAAGAAGAGCUCUCACACAUGAAGCGGCUUCCCCCGGUGCUUCCAGGCCGCCCGUAUGACCUGACGGCGGCAACAGUGGCCGCGGACCUGGAGAGUGCUGGAGCCGGCACAGCAUGCGGUGGCAGCAGCCAAGCGCUCCUACCCCGGAGGGAGACGGAGGAGUUCAAUGACCUCCUGGACCUGGACUUUAUUCUCUCCAACUCCCUGUCCCACCAGGAGUCUGUGGCUGCUACAGUAUCCUCGUCGGCUUCUGCUUCCUCCUCGUCCUCCCCUUCGAGCAGUGGCCCGGCCAGCGCACCCUCCACCUGCAGCUUCAGCUAUCCGCUCCGGGCCGGGGGUGACCCGGGUGUGGCUCCGGGCAGCGCGGGCAGCGGCCUCCUGUACGGCCGGGAGUCAGCGCCCCCUCCCACGGCGCCCUUCAACCUGGCGGACAUCAACGACGUGAGCCCUUCGGGCGGCUUCGUGGCCGAGCUCCUGCGGCCCGAGCUGGACCCGGUGUACAUUCCGCCGCAGCAGCCGCCGCCUCCGCCGCCAGGGGGCGGGCUCCUCGGCAAGUUCGUGUUGAAGUCGUCGCUGAGCGCCCCCGGCAGCGAGUACGGCAGCCCUCCGGGCAUCAGUGUUAGCAAAGGCAGCCCGGACAGCGGCCACCCGGUGGUGGUGGCGCCCUACAGUGGGGGCCCGCCGCGCAUGUGUCCUAAGAUCAAGCAGGAGGUGGUCUCCUCGUGCACCGUGGGCCGGCCACUGGAGGCCCACCUGGGCCCGGGCCCUCCGCUCAGUAACGGCCAUCGCCCUCCUGCACACGACUUCCCCCUGGGACGGCAGCUGCCCAGCAGGACUACCCCGACCCUGGGUGCUGAGGAACUGCUGAGCGGCAGAGACUGCCACCCCUCCCUGCCGCUCCCCCCUGGCUUCCAUCCCCAUCCUGGGCCCAACUACCCACCCUUCCUGCCGGACCAGCUGCAGACCCAGGUCCCACCACUCCACUACCAAGAGCUCAUGCCACCGGGUUCCUGUCUGCCGGAGGAGCCCAAACCAAAGAGGGGAAGAAGGUCAUGGCCCCGGAAAAAGACGGCCACCCACACGUGUGAUUAUGCUGGCUGCGGCAAAACCUAUACGAAGAGUUCUCAUCUCAAAGCACACCUGCGGACACACA